AGUAGCGCCGUUAUGCAAACACGAAGAAGAGGACUCCAUACCAAAGCCACAUUAUGGCACGAUUAUCAUCCUCUCACGUCGUAUUUCAGUUCAUAUGUAUAAUUAUUGUGCUCUUAAAUGACGGAGCUAUCUGUAAUGUUGUGUUUCAGCCUGCGUUUAUCCUGGCAUCUGCUCCCAGAAUAUCAUCCUUUCUGGUUGGAAACGUGUCUGGUAUUUCCUUCAGCCUCACUGCUGUUUCAUCGUCAAAUGCAACAGGUAGCAUCCCGACUUCAUUCUGUAGGCCGGUUGCUCAAACAAAGUGGAAUCUUUCAAAUGAAUUAAUUGGAAAGAAUGCCAUCCUGGUGCGAUUGAGUCUCAACCGCAGUCUGCAGCUGUGCGGGAAUGAAACAUCUGUCCCGGACUGCUGCCUGGAGCCGCUGUGUCUCCAGGAGACUCUUGUUGUGUCUGCAUGUGUGGAAGAAAUUCCCAAAGCCUCACUCGUUAUACAGACCCAGAUAUAUGCCCAGAUCAUCCCCAGCAAACCCCCAUCUGAAAAUAAAACGUUCAUUCCCAACCAAGUGUUUGAGCCUCUUGGCCGCUGCCCAUGUGAUGUUUCCCCAGGCACAUGUGAUAUACGGUGCUGUUGUGACCAGGACUGUUCUCAAGAAGUUCUGCGGUUGUUUGCGACCCAGUGUCUUCCAGGACCUUUCGGGGGAAAUUUCAGUUCUGUUCCAGAGUAUCAGUGCUCAGCUCAGUCCUCUGAAAAUGACUCUGAUUGGUUCCCCUUCCUCUGUGUCACCUCCCCGUCAGACAACAACCCCUUUCUGGGACUUUUCUACAAUGGUGGGACAGUCUCUCCAAAGCCCAGGCCAUCUUUCCAAGCCCUGCGGAUGACACCUCCUGUACCUCCCAUUAACUACCGUCAGGGGGAUCCAAUUUUCACUAAGGAUGAGCAGUACUUCACCAUCCCACAGAACUCUGGACUGGGCCAGUGUGUGCAAAAUGCUCCUGUGGCUUUUUUGGAAAACUUUGAUUCUCAGUGUGUGAGGAGGCUGCAGUCCUGUCCAUCACCAUCUGAUGACCUGAGAGUGGAUGUUAAAGAUGGAUGGGGAGAUACAGUCACAGUCAGCGUUGUGGAUGAAGUAGCCAAUGACCUCAGAUUAUUUCUGUCAGAUUCUCCUGAGUCGAUAUCUGUGCCACGACAGUGUGGAAAUGUUGUUGUGGCCUUGCGUUACACACUUUACUGGAGAGAGAAUGGUCUCACUGCCAUUACUGUGACACGGACCACUGCAAACAUCACUGUACCUGUAUCUUUGACCACAAGAUAUUCUGCGGUGUUUGUGAAUGGAAAUGAAACAUCUCAGUCAAACUCUGGCAAUCCAGGUUACCAGGUGAAGAGGCCAGUGAUUGGAGGUGUUUUAGACUCUGACACAGGUGUUAUACAGAGGGCCCAAAUCAAUCUCUGGAAGCCAGGUGGAGAUGGCCUGUGCACUUCUGCUGAAUUGAGACCAGCUCUAUUUGGGAUCAAUUCCACAUCAGGCUGUAUGAUUCCUGUGAGUUUGCUGAAUAUGGCACAGUGCAGCCAGCUCAGAGAAACAGUGCGUGACUUCCUAGCUGGAUUAGUGCCUGCAACACUCAUCUCCACAUCAGGAAAACCAAACUUUUUCAAUCUAUCGGACUGGGUUAACAUUACUACUUCGGUCCUGAACUCGAGUCAGCCAGCAGAGGGCAGCAAUGGGGAGUGUUCAGCUGUUCCCACCCACCUCCAUAUCCACGUGUGGAGCGGCAUCAUGGGAAGUGUGGAGGGUGUGCCUCAGACGUUUAUCCAGGCGGUGGAGAUUAGUUUCAUAGAAACAACAUGGAGGAUAGAGUGUGGUAUGGGCAGGCUGAACCCAUGUUUAAACCCAGAGCUAAUGCAAAAUUUCCCUGUGACCUCGUCUGUGACCUUUACCGACAAUCCUCUUAUUUCACAACCCCCUAGAUCCAGGUUCAGUAUUAACUUCACCGAGUUUGACUGUGACAGGAACGAUGUGUGCUGGCCUGAGCUGGCCUUCCCUCUCACAAGAUACUAUACUGGUGAGCCGUAUUCCCAGGCUCUGGCUAAAGGUCUCAUUCUAGUGUUCUUCUUCAUCGCUGCAUCUGUUUUAGGAACGCCAUGGAGACAAAUCAGACAGGCAUGGAGUAGUGCUUCAUUAUGAGAGAGAAAAAGAAUACAAUUUGAUAUUCAAUUGUAAAUAGCUGUAAAGAUAUUAUUUAUUUUCCAUUUCUGGUUUGUAAAAAAAUGUUAUGACUUAUUAUGUUUUGAGAACUUUUGUAGGUCACAUUUAUUAUGUACAAAGAACUUUUGUACCUUUUUAUUAAAUAUUGAAUACAAA